GUUUACAGUGCCGUAGAAAACAUUUGGGCGUCAGCCCGCCCCCGCGACGCGGUGCUGGGCGGGCGGCAACAGAACGCCAGUCCAGCCGCUGGUACCGCCGCGAAAGCUCGCCCCAGUGAUCAGUGCUUUUAUAUCACCAAAAUGGCUCCCAGGAACAAGGAACAAGAACAGGAAGUCCUGACCUGGAUUCAGGCGGUUAUCGGAGAGCCUCUGCCUGCUGGUGACUACGAGGACGUUUUGAAAAAUGGCGUCGUGCUAUGCAAACUGGCCAAUAAGCUGUCGCCUGGCUCCGUCAAAAAGAUCCAGGAGAAAGGAACCAAUUUCCAGCUGAUGGAAAACAUCCAAAGGUUCCAGGCUGCUAUCAAGAAGUACGGAGUCCCGGAGGAGGAAAUCUUCCAAACUGCUGAUUUGUUCGAGAAGCGUAACAUCCCCCAAGUUACUCUUUGCUUGUACGCUCUGGGCAGGAUUACCCAAAAGCACCCCGAAUGGACCGGCCCUCAACUUGGACCCAAAAUGGCUGACAAGAAUGAACGUACUUUCACGGAAGAACAGCUUCGGGCUCACAACGCGGAGCUGAACCUUCAGAUGGGCUUCAACAAGGGCGCUUCUCAGUCGGGCCAUGGUGGCUUCGGCAACACCCGCCAUAUGUAACUUAUCUCUUUAACGCUUUUUCAACAAGUAUCUCGUACGGCCAUUAUCAGUAUUUUUUACGAGAACAGCAUAUUCCAGUCUUGUACGUCUAGGGUUGGAUGACUUUUUGUAUUUUUUACUUACUGGAUGUAGUUUUUUGUGGUCUUCGUUACUAUGUUUCAUCUAAUGAUACUUUAUAAUUUACUAAUGUAAGCUACAGUAAAUUAAAUGAAACAUUUGAUAUGUGAGAUUUCGAGAUUUCUGAUUAAAAUCACCAGGGUUUAUUACUUUAUUGUAUUGCUACUAUUAGAAUUAAUAAUCUAACGAGUUUUAUUUUUGUUAAGAUUUUUACAAGUACCUAUGUGUAAAUAUUUAAUAUUAUUUUAUAAUAAAUAUUAUUUUUAAGAAUUCGU